AUGAGUUAUCACAAUCAACAAGGAUAUUAUCAACAAGGUCCACCACAACAAGUAUAUUAUCAACAAGGACCUCCUCAAGGAUAUUAUCAACAAGGCCCACCACAGCCAGUUUAUGUCCAACAAGCUCCUCCUCCUCAACAGGGAGAUGAUUGUUGUGGGACCUGUUUGAAGGUGAUGUGUUGUUGCUGUUUAUUAGAAAUGUUAUGUGGUGGCUUAUAA